AUGGUUGUAAUCUCUGAAACUUCCAACGACGGCUCCAAUGGCGGCGAUCCAACCAAGAUUCAGAAAGCAGAAGAAGAAGAAGAAGAAGAAGAAGAAGAAGAAGAAGAAGAAGAAGAGAAUCCGAAAGAAGAAGAUCAUCAAGAAGACGAUCAAGAAGUAGAUCAGAAUCUUGCUCCGAUUCGUCGAGGAGACAUCCCGGUGAUACUCAUAGAAAGAACCGUCGCACUCGUAAGGAGAUGUCAUUACCCGAGGCUAUCUCUACUCUCCAAAGCCUUCCGUGACGUAAUCUCUUCGGAUCAACUCUUCGUAACGCGCUCGCUCCUCGGCUUGACUGAAACGGUUCUUUAUACCUUGAUCUCGCUCCCAUCUUUUGCACCCCCAAGCUGGUACGUUCUCCAUCGAAGCAACAUGUCUUUACAAUUGAGCAGAAUCAGUUCACUUCCUCCGAUGUAUGCUGGAUGCACUGCCGUCACAAUAGGACACAAGAUUUACGUUAUGGGUGGACGCAACGGCUUAAACCAACGCGUAAAGGCUGUGAUUGUCAUCGACUGUAGAUUCCAUACGUGGAAACGUAUCCAGAGUAUGAAAAGUGAACGUUGCUACGCUGCCUCCGGAGUCAUUGACGGAAAGAUUUACGUAGUCGGAGGUAGGGAGAAACGAUAUUAUGAUUGGGUAGAAGUGUUCGAUGUAGAAACUGAGACUUGGGAAACUGUGCCUGCUCCAUUCUCUCCUGUUGCUAGUUCGAUUAGCAUGCUUCCUAUACUUGCGGUUUUGGAUAAUAAGAUUUACAUUUUGGAUGGUCCGUUUUGUUUGGCUUACGAUCCGAGACUACGUAGAUGGGAGGAUCGGGGACCUACAAGUCCAGAGAGGCUUUUAUGGCACGCUUCGUCUUGUGUGGUUGAUGAUUUGCUGUAUGUUAUUAAUGUUCCUGAUCUGGCGGGUUUUGGUUCUUCUAUUAUCGUGUAUCAUCCAAGGGAUAUGGUUUGGAGACCUGUCAAGGGUGUAGAUCUUUGGCCUGCUCUCGUUUAUAUUGAGUCUAGAAUGGUGAGUUUUGGUGGCAAGUUAGUGAUUCUGGGAUAUUAUAAUGGGAGCCGGGAUGUUGCUUGGUGCGUGGAGGUGGCGUUGGAGAAACGUGAAGAUGGUGAUAUUUGGGGGAAGUUCGAAUCAAUCUCGCGUGUGUGUUCAUUCNAUUGCAGAUCCCACACGUAUCGCCAGCUCCAGAGUAUGAAAAGGGAUCGUUGCUUCGCUGCCUCCGGUGUAAUUGACGGAAAGAUUUACGUAGUCGGAGGUAGGGAGAAACGAUAUUAUGAUUGGGUAGAAGUGUUCGAUGUAGAGACUGAGACUUGGGAAACUGUGCCUGCAGCUCCAUUCUCUCCUGUUGCUAGUUCGAUUAGCAUGUUUCCUGUACUUGCGGUUUUGGAUAAUAAGAUUUACAUUAUGGAUCGUCCGUUUUGUUUGGUUUACGAUCCGAGACUACGCAGAUGGGAGGAUCGGGGACCUACAAGUCCACAGAGGCUUUUCUGGCACGCUUCGUCUUGUGUGGUUGAUGAUUUGCUGUAUGUUAUUAAUGUUCCUGAUCUGGCGGGUUUUGGUUCUUCUAUUAUCGUGUACGAUCCAAGGGAUAUGGUGUGGAGACCUGUCAAGGGUGUAGAUCUUUGGCCUGCUCUCGUUUAUAUUGAGUCUAGAAUGGUGAGUUUUGGUGGCAAGUUAGUGAUUCUGGGAUAUUAUAAUGGGAGCCGGGAUGUUGCUUGGUGCGUGGAGGUGGCGUUGGAGAAACGUGAAGAUGGUGAUAUUUGGGGGAAGUUCGAAUCAAUCUCGCGUGUGUGUUCAUUCGGCGAGUCUUGUUUGUUUGAGUUUGCUCGAACUGCUACGGUUUGA